AGUGGAGGAGGAACCAGAACAUUUUUCUGUCAUUCAGUGAGAUGGGUGUCACUCCAAAACACAGAAAAGUGGUGCAGUCCAGCAGCUGCAGGGAUGUGGAUGGAUACCAAAACGGAGAUGGAGGAGGCCAGCAGGAGCCGUGCCAGCUUCAGUCAGCGCGUGUUGAAUGGUCUGCUGUUGUGUACUGGGGACAUGGACCACUUGGACAAGUCCAUGCAGGACAAGUUGUUUGUGCUGCAGCUGGCGGUGUGGGGACUGAGAGGGGUGACCAGGGUGAUUCUAGCCAACAACCCGCUGAGCGGUGCUCUCAUCUUGGCUGCGCUGUACUGGGCCUCCCCCUGGCAGGGCCUGCUGGGAACUCUGGGUGUACUGGCCUCUACGCUAACAGCUGUUGUCAUAGGGCAAGACAGUGCUGAGGUGUCAGGAGGUCACCAUGGUUUUAACGGCAUGUUGGUGUCUCUGCUGAUGGGAGUGUUCAGCUCGGCUGGAGACUGGUACUGGUGGCUGCUGCUGCCUGUCUGCUUGGGGUCAGCUACAUGUGUCUUCCUGUACAGUGCUCUCUCCUCAGUGUUGGACCGCUGGGACUUGCCCGUCGCUGUGUUUCCCUUCAACAUCACUAUUCUCCUCUACCUCCUUUGUACCGGCCCAGACAACCCGUACUUCCCGCACCACACAGCUACACCACCGGGGGCGCUGGAUCCCAAUGGCACUGAGCUCAUCGUGGUAGAGGUAAUGCGUGGCAGCCUCCUCGGUGUGGGUCAGAUCUUUGCCUGUGAAGCCCUGGGGCCCACCCUCCUCAUCCUGGGAGCUGUUCUGCUUUACUCCCCCCUGCUGGCCGCCCAUGCUCUGCUGGGAUCGGCAGUUGGAACGUUGGCUGGUUUAUCCACGGCGGUGCAUCAUGAGUUCCUGUACUCAGGUCUGUCGGGCCUUAAUGGCGCUCUGGGCUGCAUGGCUGUUGGAGGACUCUUCUUCACCUUCAACUGGAGGACUCACCUCCUUGCCAUCGCCAGCGCUUUCCUCUCUGCAUAUGCUGACAUCGCUCUGAGUAAUCUGCUGGGAACUGUUGGUCUCCCAGCAUGCAGUUGGGCAGCCACGCUGACAACCACACUGAUGUUGCUGCUGACCGGCUGUUUAGCAGCGUACCGCAUCCCUAUUGGUCAAGUCAUGACCCCUGAACGCAACCUGUACUCCCGCAGCCGAUGGGAAGCCGGGAACACCACAGAGAGGCAGAGCACUGAUGUGUAGCACUAGGACACACACACACAAAGAAACUACUGUAUCAUGCAUUUUUUAUAUAAAGAAUUUAUAAAUAGAUUAUUACAUAUACAUUCCCGUUUCAUCCUAGCCUUACAAGUGUACAGUAUACUGUGAAGCCCUCACUCCACUUUUUGUCCACAAGGGAGCAGUG